AUGAGUACCAGCCAACCAAUGGGACCUCUCAAGAAGGAUACCCAGGGCGGGGCUAAGGCACUUGAGGGAACAAAUGUGAGGAGAGCAUCAGUAGUGCAUGAGCUGCAACAACAACAACAACAACAAACACAACAACAACAACAACAAACACAACAACAACAACAACUAGUCCCAGUCCCAGGUCCCCAACAGGUCCCAGUCCCAGGUCCCCAACAGGUCCCAGUCCCAGGUCCCCAACAGGUCCCAGUCCCAGGUCCCCAACAGGUCCCAGUCAGGGUCCCAAACAUGUCCCAGUCCCAGGUCCCCAACAGGUCCCAGUCCCAGGUCCCCAAACAUGUCCCAGUCCCAGGUCCCCAACAGGUCCCAGUCCCAGGUCCCCAACAGGUCCCAGUCCCAGGUCCCAACAGGUCCCAGUCCCAGGUCCCCAACAGGUCCCAGUCCCAGGUCCCCAAACAGGUCCCAGUCCCAGGUCCCCAAAGGUCAGGUCCCAAACAUGUCCCAGUCCCAGGUCCCAACAGGUCCCAGUCCCAGGUCCCCAACAGGUCCCAGUCCAGGUCCCCAACAGGUCCCAGUCCCAGGUCCCCAACAGGUCCCAUUCCAGGUCCAAGGUCCCAGGUCCCCAACAGGUCCCAGUCCCAGGUCCCCAAACAUGUCCCAGUCCCAGGUCCCAACAGGUCCCAGUCCCAGGUCCCCAAACAGGUCCCAGUCCCAGGUCCCCAACAGGUCCCAGUCCCAGGUCCCCAAACAGGUCCCAGUCCCAGGUCCCCAACAGGUCCCAGUCCCAGGUCCCCAACAGGUCCCAGUCCCAGGUCCCCAACAGGUCCCAGGUCCCACAGGUCCAGUCCCAGGUCCCCAACAGGUCCCUCCGGUCCCCAGGUCCCAGUCCCAGGUCCCCAACAUGUCCCAGUCCCAGGUCCCAAACGCAGUCCCAGGUCCCAGGUCCCACUCCCAGGUCCCCAACAGGUCCCAGGUCCACCCCCCAGGUCCCCAAAGGUCCCAGGUCCACAGGUCCCAGGUCCCACUCCCAUGUCCCCAACAGGUCCCAGGUCCCACCCCAGGUCCCCAACAGGUCCCAGGUCCCACUCCCAGGUCCACCUCCACCCGGGGUCUGGCCACAGGGUUACUAUAACAGGUUCUCCUCAACUCAAGCUUGGGACGGCCUGA